AUGCCUUCCACUAAGCCGCCGCCGCCGCCGCCGCCGCCGCCGCCCUGGCAGCCCUUGCUUGUCCGCUGCGCCCCCCGGAGCGCCCCCUUUCCGCCUCUUACCACUUCGUCCUGCGGCGGCAGCCCGGCCAACCACGGCUGGAAGCGGGGGUCCGGGCGGAGGCCUCGCCGUCAGCCGCACGCCCUUCCCAGUGAGAUUCAUAUAAAGAAACUCUGGUUACACUUGAAGAAAGAUGAGCCUUAUUUACUUUCCAGUUUUGAAGAGUUCCUGGCAAGAGUUUUCUCUCAGCUCCAAGAAGCUGAUAAUGAAAAGAACGCAUUGGAGUGUGCCCUGAAAAAGAAAAUUACUUCCUAUGAUGACGAAAUCCAGCACCUCUAUGAGGAAAUGGAACAGCAGAUCAAAAAUGAGAAAGAAAAAAUUCUCUUGAAGGACACUGAGAGGUUUCAGACUCAAAGUAAGGAUCUAGAGCAUAAACUUGUAGCAAAAGAGCACGAACUGGAACAACUGGCCCAGAAACAGAAAUGGUUGGAGGGACAAUGUAAAGACUUGCACAAUGAUCAGCAUGACACCAAAGUGGAAAAUAUGAAACUGAAGCUCACAAACCAAGAGCUGCAGAAUGAACUGGAGAGAGUAUCGCAGGAGUUGAUUAUUGCACAACAGCAGUUGCAGAUACUUCAGGAUGAAGCCAAAAAGCUGCAGGAAGAAAAGGAAAUUGAAGUUUACAGAGUUACAGAAACAUUGCAGAGGGAGAAAUCAGGGCUUCGUAAGCAACUGGAUUUUUUAAGAGAAAGGAACAAAUAUCUGAGAGAUGAACAUGACAUGUGUUUACACCAGAAAAAUAAGAAUGUUCCAUCUGCUCCCUGGAAACAACGGUCAGGCUCAAUCAUUGGCAAAUACGUGGAGAGAAAAGUUUCAUUGAAGAGCCAGUCUUCGGAAGAUGAUGAUAUAUUUAGUACUGCAAGGAGAAGAAAUUCCAUUGGUUUGAAUGGGAAUCUUUCAUUAGAUUCUGACCCUGCUACUGCUGGGGAACCAACUCACAGGAAGCAGUUCCAAAGAAUAAUAUCGAUUGAAGAAGAUCAUCUCUCCCAGCUUCUCAAUAGAGCAGACAGGCAGCUAACCAAAUGCUCUGAAGAAGGUGAAAACAUCUUGUCCGAAAUGAAAAUGAAUGGAUCCCAAAUAGGAUCACUUUCUAAACAGAUACCUUCUCCGAGGGGGCAACCAGUAGGGAAAGAAACACAGCCAAAUGAUGAAUCAUUGUGCUUGACCCCAGAUCGUUUAUUCAAGAUUGUUUUCGUGGGGAAUUCAAGUGUGGGAAAGACUUGCUUUUUAAGGCGAUUCUCUGAAAACUGUUAUUUUCCAGACUCUGCUGCUACUGUUGGUGUGGAUUACAGUGUGAAAACAGUGACAGUGGAAAAUAGUCAAGUAGUUUUGCAGCUCUGGGACACCGCUGGCCAAGAAAGGUAUCGCAGCAUCACCAAGCAGUUCUUCCGAAAAGCAGAUGGAGUCAUUGUGAUGUAUGACAUAACAUCAAGAGACACAUUUAUGGCUGUGAAGCAAUGGUUAGUGAGCAUUGAGGAGGCAACAGGGGAGAACAUUCCUGUCCUUUUGCUUGGAAAUAAAAUUGAUAAAGAAAAAGAACGGGAAGUCCCCAAUGGAUUAGGAGAGCAUCUAGCCAAGGAUUACAGCUUGAUCUUCUAUGAAUGCAGUGCCUUGUCAGGUGACAACAUUAAUGAGCCUGUUCUUCACUUGGCUAGGAUUUUAAAAGAUCAAGAAGACAAAGUGAAGGAAAAGACUGUUCAGAUGCAUCAAGGCCCUAAGAAAAAGGCUUGUUGUUCCAGGCAGUAA